AUGGUUAAGCUUUUAUUCUUCGAGCUUCCGCUCGCCGUAGUCGUUGGCAUCGCGGCAGGCGCUUUCCUUCUCGUCUCCUCCAUCGUCUCAUGCGUUCUCUACCUCUCCUGUCUGCAUCGCCGCCGCGGUAACCUCUCCGCACGCCCUCCGCUCCUCCCCGCGAAAGCUGGUUACAUGAGACAGCCUUCGUCAACGGGGGUAGCGUCUAGUCCGGGUACAUCCCCACGAGUCAACAGCCUGGGCGCACCGAACAGCGCAUACCCCUCGCGCGGGUCCCCGAGCCCGCAUGUGAACAGCGCGUACCCCUCGCGCGGUCCCCCCAGCCCGCAUGUGAACGGCGCGUACCCGUCUCCGCGCCCGCAACACUUAGCGCUUCCUCCCAGCAACACUCCGCCGCAGUUUCCCCCCGAUCAUCGGCGCGCGCUCGCUCCCUAUCAUGUUCCAGCGGGCGCAAACACCGCCGUAGGAGCCGCCGGGGGAGGCGCCGCAGGCAACGCUCCCGUGGUGCAAGAGUCCCCGUCUGCGCGAAAGCAACCGCAGAAAAGCCCGUCUUGGGAAGAUCAGCUUAAAGCGGGGAUGUUCCGGAAGAUGACAUUAGAGGAAGUGCGCGAUGCGACGGGAUGGUUCAGUCCGCGCAAUUUCGUCGGCGAAGGGGGUUUCGCGGUGGUGUUUCGCGGGAAAGGUCCCGGGGACGUGGGGUGGGCGGUUAAACGGUCGAAGCGGCCGCUUUCAGAAGGAUCUGCCGGUGCUCGCGAUUUCGAGAAAGAGGUGUUUCUGAUUUCGCGACUUUCGCACAAGAGCCUCGUGCGACUGCUGGGUUACUGCAUGGAGGCGGGCGAGUAUAUCCUCGUUUAUGAGCUCGCCGCUAACGGAUCGCUCGGUUCUGCUCUUUCCAAGUCCCGCCCGCACUUGACUUUCAUCCAACGCUUAGACAUCGCUAUAGGAACAGCGGAGGCGCUGCAUUACUUGCACACGGCGGUAAACCCUCCUAUAGUGCACCGCGAUAUUAAGCCCGAUAACAUUCUUCUGGAUCAACACUUGAACGCAAAAUUAGGCGAUUUCGGCUUGCUUAAGAGUAUGCUAGGAGCUGGGGACUCCGCGGGUGCAGCUACCUCUGCUUUUACACGCGUGGCUGGUACACCCGGUUAUCUGGACCCGGACUAUCACCGAACAUCGAAGGUGACUACUAAAGGGGAUGUAUACAGUUUUGGGGUGGUGUUACUGGAACUGUUCACGGGGCAAAGGGCCAUAAUAAAGCUUCCGCAGAAAGGGGCUCAGGCGGGAGGCGGAAUCCCCGCAAAGCGGAAUGGAGCGGAGAAGGAGACGGCCGACGCAGCAGCAGCGGGAGGCGGAGAAAAGGGUGGGGGAGGAGAAGCGGGAGGGGGAGGAGCGAAAGAUGACAAUGCAAGGAAGCAAGACGAGGUGGAAGAGGAUUACAAGGCAGCGGCAGCGAAGAAAGGAGCACACGGAUCGGCUCCUGCUCCUGCGCGGGACAAUGCCGGUCCCGUGCAUAUCUCCCACUGGGUUGGGCCGUACGUGCAGGCGAGGGACGUAGCGGCUGUAGCGGACAGCCGUCUGGGCUGCGACUACGACGCGGGAGCCUUGCUGCGCGUGCUACAGGUGGCGCUACAGUGCGUGCGGCCCACGCGGGCACGGCCGGAAAUGGCUGCUGUGCUGAGAGUGUUGGUGGAUGCGAAGGAGCAGGCGGGUAAGGCGCGGGGGGGAGAGGGGUUGAUGACUGUUGGAGAGGAGGAGGGGGAAGGGGACGAGGGUGGGGUUGCGGACAGGAAGGCGGAGAGCAAGGGGAGUGGUAAAGAAGGAGCGAAGGCUAUUGCCCCGCCUCCUGCCUCCCCCGCCGCUGCAAGGGCUGCUGCAAGGGCUGCUGCAAAGGCUGCUGCUGCAAAGGCUACUGCGACGCCUCCUGCUGCUGCUGCUGCUGCUGCUGCUGCUGCUGACGGUGGUUUGGGUCCUGCUGGUGUUGCUCCUUCUGCUGAUGGUAACUCAGUGCCAAGUGCACCUGCUGCCAACACUGCAAGAGAAGCUCCUUGUACUGCGCGAGGGGAUCAAGUGGUGGUCCCAGUGCAUGACCCCAUGCAAGGGACGCAGGGGUUGGGGGUGACAGAUGAGCUAAAGACAGCGAAGGGAAGUUUGAGAAAUGAAGGACAGGAUGGCAAGCACGUGAUCCGAUUUCAGCCGUCGACCGCGUUUUCCGCCGUCAGAAUUAACGAUUUCGCCACCAACAACGACUUCCACCAUCUGCGUCAAUUUCGGCCGUCAGCAUUUUCGCCGCCGCGCCAACUUCUCCCUCGCGUCGCCAUCCUUAGCUCUCCGUCAACCUCGCUGGCAAUGUCACGCCGUGCUGCUGUGGCUGAGCGCAGCACAAGGCAACAUAUGCUGUGGCCCUGCCUGUUGCAAAUUGUUCAAUCCGCUUCUCCCCCACUCGCCGCUCUCCUUCGUCCAACGCACCAAAUUGACGCCAUCGGCUCUCCCAGCUGUCGUGAGCAGCCUUGUGAUUCGUCGAUGGGAAGGAUAAGCUCGUUUCGCCUCUUACCUUCAAUCCCGCUGCACCUCCCACGUCAACCUCUCAACCUUUCCACAGCUAAGUACCCCGCCCUUCCUCUCUUCUCCCAACCCCUGCCCGUGUGGUGCUUUUCAUGUCGUGCUUGCACCAUCACAUUUAUUUUUUCACUGCCCUCUGUCACACCCAUGAGACCUCCCUCCCCCAAGGUAGCAGCAGUCCACUCAUGCAUGCAUGAUUCUUGCGCUUUCUGCACUCGAUGCUCUCUAUUCACUCUACUCGUCUUUGUUUAUCUCCUCAUUGCCUUCCCACUCCUCUGUUCCCCUUUCAUUUUCCCAUUCUCUCCUCCCGCUCCUCCCUUCUCCCCCUCUCUCCCGAUCAUUCCCCUCUCGUCCCAGCAGGUUGCUCACACGGGAGUGGCAGUGGCGGGGGACAUGGAGUGCACAGGCAGCAGCUGCUCUCCACCCAACCAACCAACAGCUAUGCAAAGCGAGCCCAAGGCAAGGGGAGGGCAGCAGGCGAGCAGCAGGCGAGGGGAGCACAAGGGCGGGCAGCAGGAGCGCGUGCAGCGGGGCAGCAGCGCCGGCCUCAUCAACGGUUGA